AUGGUCGCCACCAGCUUCACCCCUCUGGAAGCUCCCCUCUUCCCUAUCCCUGACGACCCUGUCUUCGCCGAAUCGCAGUGGGAAACCCUGCUUUCACUUAGCGACGUGGUCGUCCCUGCAUUGACCACCGAAACGACGUCCAAGGCGCUCCAUGAAAAGACUGUUUCCGCCGGAGAGUAUGAGUCUGCACUAUCUAAGCUCAAAGCUCAAGUCAAGGCUCCAGAUGCCGCUCAAAUAGCACUGCAGUAUUUGUCCGAAAAUGCAUCAUCUAAUCCGCUGUUCAAAGAAGCUUUACGUCGGACUCUACUGCUAUAUGUACCUCAGGAAUCAAAGAAAGGCCUGUCUCUAGUCCUAAGCGCCUUGAACACUCGUGCCGGAUCUUUACUGUUGACUGGCUCAACGGUACCUAUCCAGAGCCAGUCUUUUGAGGCAAGGGAGAAGGUGUUUCGCAAUUGGACCAGCUCGCGACUGCCCCAAUUGCGUCAGGUAGCCAGAUCGGUUAUUCUCCUGACAAAGCGGAAUUGGCUUAUCAAUAGUCCAAACUUGCCUCAGAUAAUUGGCUUCCCCAGAGUACCCAUCUAUGGAAAACCAGUAGAGACUUUUGACUACCAGUUUUUGCAGUUCCCUCCCGGCGACGGACAGGAAACCAUUGAGACCGAUGUGGUGAUAGUCGGUAGCGGUUGCGGAGGAGCUGUUGCAGCAAAAAAUCUGGCCGAGGCCGGUCAGCGGGUUCUCGUUGUAGAAAAGGCCUAUCAUUACCCAUCGACAUAUUUCCCCAUGACUCAAUCUAGCGGACUGGCGCACAUGUUCGAGCGUGGUGGUACUUGCGUGUCAGAUGAUGGCUACAUGGCUGUGUUAGCGGGAUCAACCUGGGGCGGUGGUGGAACGAUCAAUUGGGGGGCCUCACUUCAAACGCAGAACUAUGUGCGUCAGGAAUGGGCAAAUACAGGGCUACCAUUCUUUACAUCAUCCGCGUUCCAGAACUCACUUGAUCGAGUCUGUCGUCGAAUGGGCGUGCACACAAGAUAUGAGCAGAAUUUCCAAAAUCGAGUGACUCUCGAGGGAUCCCGCAGAUUGGGAUACAAUGCGCAAGUCAUUCCAACAAACACGGGAAACGAGCCCCAUUACUGUGGCCAUUGCACUCUCGGCUGUCACACUGUGGGAAAGAAAGGUCCUGUCGCGUCGUGGCUUGUUGACGCUGCUAAUGCUGGUGCUGUUUUUAUUGAAGGAUUUUAUGCCGACAAAGUCGAUUUCGAUGUUAUUCAUGGGAAAAGAGUAGCUUCAGGAAUUCAGGGUGUAUGGACAUCUCGAGAUACUUGUUUGGGAACGUCCGGAAAAGAUGCUACGCAUAGAAAGAUUGUGAUUAAGGCAAAAAAAGUGAUUGUUUCAUGCGGCGCUUUACAAAGCCCCUUGUUGUUGAUGCGGAGCGGUAUUAAGAACCAGCAUUUGGGUCGUCACCUUUAUCUGCAUCCAGUCUUGAUUUCUGGCGCCGUGUUCGAAGAGGAGACUCGACCGUGGGAAGGUGAUUGUCUGACCUCGUUUGUCAGCGACUUUGAAAACCUGGAUGGCCGCGGGCAUGGAACUAAGAUCGAGAAUGUCGCAAUGCUGCCUGGCAUAUUUCUGACUACAAUUUCAUGGUUGAAUGGGGCGCAUUUCAAGAAUUUGGCAGCCAGUAUGAGCCAUAUGGCGGGGUUUAUUACACUUACAAAAGAGAGAGAUGCAGGCCGUGUAUAUCCCGAUCCCGUUGAUGGCCACCCGCGAAUUGACUAUACGAUAUCAGCAUUUGACCGUAAACAUAUCCUUGAAGGGUUGGUUGCCUGCGCGAAGAUCGCAUAUGUGAGCGGAGCUAAAGAAUUCUAUACCUCGUACCGCGACAUGCCGCCUUUCAUACGAUCACCAAAGCGCUAUACAGAAGAUGCAGACCUGAAUGAGAAUGAUGGAGCCAACGAUCCAGACUUUCAGUCCUGGAUUCAGCAAUUUCGCAAGAAGUCACCCCUAGUAGCAGAAUUCGGCACUGCAGCAAGUGCACAUCAAAUGGGUACAUGUCGCAUGGCUAGCUCUCCGAAGAAGGGAGUUAUUGACCCGGACGGCCAAGUCUGGGGUACCGAGGGCCUUUACGUUGCAGACGCAUCUGUGUUUCCCAGUGCAAGCGGCGUGAACCCAAUGAUUACGAACAUGGCCAUCGCCGACUGGACAAGCGAGAAACUCGCAAAGGCAAUGAAUAGGGAUAAGAUCAGCCAAAAUGGAACGGCUCGCCUCUGA